AGCCAGUGGGGGCUGUCUCCUCCUCUUACCCAGCAGCUGCCGCUCACUCAGCUCACAAGCCAGUAGAGGGGCCGAGCGGCAGGGACUCCUCCGGCUCCUGAGAAGUGGAUCGGCUUGGGGCCACCGCGAUGCCAGGAGCCGCGGCGGUCCUUCUGGUCCUGCUGCUCAGCGGGGACCUCGGGGGCGGCCAGGAGCAGCGGCUGCACCAGCUGCCACAGACACAUCAGCAAAGAGGUUUAUUCCCUGCUGUCUUGAAUCUUGCUUCGAAUGCUCUCAUCACUACAAAUGCAACAUGUGGAGAAAAGGGACCCGAAAUGUAUUGCAAAUUGGUGGAGCACGUGCCUGGGCAGCCUGUGAGGAACCCCCAAUGUCGAAUCUGCAAUCAAAACAGCAGCAAUCCAAAUCAGAGACACCCAAUUACAAAUGCUAUUGAUGGAAAAAACACUUGGUGGCAGAGUCCCAGUAUUAAGAAUGGAAUUGAAUACCAUUAUGUGACCAUUACACUGGAUUUACAACAGGUGUUCCAGAUUGCGUAUGUGAUUGUGAAAGCAGCUAACUCUCCUCGGCCUGGAAAUUGGAUCUUGGAACGCUCACUUGAUGAUGUUGAAUACAAGCCCUGGCAGUAUCACGCUGUAACGGACGUAGAGUGCCUGACCCUCUACAAUAUUUACCCCCGCACUGGACCACCAUCGUACGCCAAAGAUGAUGAAGUCAUCUGUACCUCAUUUUAUUCCAAGAUACACCCCUUAGAAAAUGGAGAGAUUCACAUCUCAUUGAUCAACGGGAGACCAAGCGCGGAUGAUCCUUCUCCUGAACUGCUAGAAUUUACCUCUGCUCGCUACAUUCGCCUGAGAUUUCAGAGGAUCCGCACCCUGAAUGCUGAUUUGAUGAUGUUUGCUCACAAAGACCCAAGAGAAAUUGACCCCAUUGUCACACGAAGAUAUUACUACUCGGUCAAGGAUAUUUCGGUUGGAGGGAUGUGCAUCUGCUACGGUCAUGCCAGGGCUUGUCCACUUGAUCCGGUGACAAAUAAAUCCCGCUGUGAAUGUGAGCACAACACGUGCGGUGAUAGCUGCGAUCGGUGCUGUCCAGGAUUCCACCAGAAACCUUGGCAAGCUGGGACCUUUCUGACUAAAACUGAAUGUGAAGCAUGCAAUUGUCAUGGAAAAGCUGAAGAAUGCUAUUAUGAUGAAAAUGUGGCCAGAAGAAAUCUGAGCUUAAAUAUACACGGAAAAUACAUUGGAGGGGGUGUGUGCAUCAACUGUACCCACAACACUGCUGGUAUAAAUUGUGAGACGUGUGUUGACGGUUUCUUCAGACCUAAAGGGGUAUCUCCAAAUAAUCCAAGACCGUGCCAGCCAUGCCAUUGUGACCCAAUUGGUUCUUUAAGUGAAGUCUGUGUCAAGGAUGAAAAGCAUGCUCAACGAGGCCUGCCUCCUGGGUCCUGUCAUUGCAAACCUGGCUUUAGGGGGAUAAACUGUGAUCGGUGUGCCCGGGGCUACACUGGCUACCCAGACUGCAAACCCUGUAACUGCAGUGGCGAAGGAAGCACAAAUGAAGACCCCUGUUUUGGACCUUGUAACUGCAAGGAGAAUGUUGAAGGAGGAGACUGCAGCCGCUGCAAAUCUGGCUUCUUCAAUUUGCAAGAAGAAAAUCAUAAAGGAUGUGAUGAGUGUUUCUGUUCUGGGGUUUCCAACAGAUGUCAAAGUUCCUACUGGGCCUAUGGCAAAAUACAAGACAUGAGUGGCUGGUAUGUGACAGACAUCUCCGGCCACAGUCGGGUGGCUCCCCAGCUGGACGACUCGGAGCCCCCUCAGCAGGUCAGCGUCAGCAGCGCCGAGGCCCGCAGAGCCCUGCCCCAGUGCUGCCUCUGGAGCGCGCCGGCUCCGUAUCUGGGGAACAAGCUUACCGCAGCUGGAGGACAAUUAACAUUUACCAUAUCAUAUGACCUUGAAGAAGAAGAAGAAGAUACAGAACACAUACUUCAGCUUCUGGUUAUCUUAGAGGGAGCUGACUUGAGAAUCAGUACAGCCCAAGAUGAGGUGUAUCUGAAACCAUUUGAAGACCAUGUUACUGUAUUGACACUCAAAGAAGAUUUAUUUACCAUACACGGCACAAAUUUUCCAGUCGGUAGAAAGGAGUUCAUGACAGUACUUGCGGAUUUAAAGAAAGUCCUCAUACAAAUCACAGACAGCCUUGAGGUGGAUGCCAUCUUCAGGCUGAGUUCUGUUGGCCUUGAAUCUGCUGUCCCCUAUGCCACCGAAGGAAGCUUUGCAACAGCUGUGGAAGUCUGUCAGUGUCCAUCAGGGUACACUGGAUCCUCUUGUGAAUCUUGUUGGCCUAGGCACAGACGAGUUAACGGCACUAUUUUUGGUGGCAUCUGUGAACCUUGUCAAUGCUUUGGUCAUGCGGAUUCCUGUGAUGACAUCACCGGAGAAUGCCUGAACUGUAAGGAUCACACAGGUGGCCCAUAUUGCAAUAAAUGUCUUCCUGGUUUCUAUGGCGAUCCCACUAAAGGAACCUCUGAAGACUGUCAGCCCUGUGCCUGUCCACUCAAUACCCCAUCAAAUAACUUUAGCCCGAUGUGCCAUUUAGACCGAAGUCUUGGAUUGAUCUGUGAUGAAUGCCCUGUCGGGUACACAGGACCACGCUGUGAGAGGUGUGCAGAAGGCUAUUUUGGACAACCUUCUGUACUCGGAGGAUCAUGUCAGCCAUGCCAAUGCAAUGACAACCUUGACUUCUCCAUCCCUGGCAGCUGUGACAGCUUGUCUGGCGCCUGUCUGAAAUGUAAGCCAGGUACAACAGGCCAGUACUGUGAGCUCUGUGCUGAUGGAUAUUUUGGAGACGCAGUUGAUGCAAAGAACUGUCAACCUUGUUACUGUAACGCCAAUGGCUCCUUCUCUGAGAUUUGCCACGCUAGGACAGGACAGUGUGAAUGCAGAGCCAACGUGCAGGGCCAGCGGUGUGACAGAUGCAAGCCUGAAACCUUUGGCCUGCAGUCAUCCAGAGGGUGUGCCCCCUGCCACUGCAAUUCCUUUGGGUCGAAAUCAUUCGACUGUGAUGAGAGUGGUCAGUGUUGGUGCCAGCCUGGAGUGACGGGGAAGAAAUGUGACCGCUGUGCCCACGGCUAUUUCAACUUCCAAGAAGGUGGAUGCACAGCUUGUAACUGUUCUCAUCUGGGUAAUAAUUGUGACCCAAAUACUGGCCGAUGCAUUUGCCCUCCCAAUACCAUUGGAGAUCAGUGUUCUAAAUGUGCACCUAAUACCUGGGGCCACAGCAUUGUCUCUGGUUGUAAGACUUGUAACUGCAGCACGGUGGGAUCCUUGGAUUUCCAGUGCAACAUAAACACAGGCCAGUGCAACUGUCAUCCAAAAUUCUCCGGUGCAAAAUGUACAGAGUGCAGGCGAGGUCACUGGAACUACCCUCACUGUGCUCCCUGUGACUGCUUCCUGCCCGGGACUGAUGAGGCGACCUGUGAUUCAGAAACUAAAAAGUGCUCCUGUAUCGAUCGGACGGGGCAAUGCACUUGUAAGGCGAAUGUGGAAGGUGUGCACUGUGACGGGUGCCGGUCUGGCAAAUUCGGACUUGAUGCCCAAAACCCGCUUGGCUGCAGCAGCUGCUAUUGCUUUGGCGCUACUACUCAGUGCUCUGAAGCGAAAGGACUGAUCCGCACGCGGGUGACUCUGAAGCCUGAGCAGACCAUUCUGCCCCUGGUGGAUGAGGCCCUGCAGCACACAACUACCAAAGGCAUUGACUUUCAAGAUCCAGAGAUUGUUGCCCACAUGGAUCGGGUGAGACAAGAUCUCCGUUUGGAACCUUUUUAUUGGAAACUUCCAGAGCAAUUUGAAGGAAAAAAGUUGAUGGCCUAUGGUGGAAAACUCAAGUAUACCAUCUAUUUUGAGGCGCGAGAAGAGACAGGUUUCUUUACAUAUAAUCCUCAAGUUAUCAUUCGAGGUGGGACUCCAGCCCGUGCUAGGGUUAUCGUCAGGCAUAUGGCUGCUCCCCUGAUUGGCCAACUGACAAGGCAUGAAAUUGAAAUGACAGAGAAAGAGUGGAAAUAUUAUGGUGAUGAUCCUCGAGUCAGUAGAACUGUGAGCCGUGAAGACUUCUUGGAUGUCCUCUAUGAUAUCCAUUAUAUUCUUAUCAAGGCUACAUACGGAAAUGUGAUGAGACAAAGCAGCAUUUCUGAAAUCUCAAUGGAGGUAGCUGAACAAGGACAGGUAACAGCAAUGACUCCUGCAGCUCACCUGAUCGAAAAAUGUGAUUGUCCUCCAGGUUAUUCUGGUUUGUCCUGUGAGACAUGCAUGCCAGGAUUUUAUCGACUGCGUUCUGGGCCAGGCGGCCGCACCCCUGGACCCACGCUGGGCACCUGUGUCCCAUGUCAGUGUAAUGGACACAGCAGCCUCUGUGACCCUGAAACCUCCAUAUGCCAGAAUUGUCAGCAUCACACUGCCGGUGACUUCUGUGAACGCUGUGCUCUCGGGUACUAUGGAAUUGUCAAGGGAUUGCCAAAUGACUGUCAGCAAUGUGCUUGCCCUCUGAUUUCUUCCAGCAACAAUUUCAGCCCUUCUUGUGUCCUGGAAGGCCUUGAUGAUUACCGCUGCACAGCUUGUCCCCAUGGAUACGAAGGCCAGUACUGUGAACGGUGUGCCCCUGGCUACACUGGCAGCCCGAGCAGCCCCGGAGGCUCCUGCCAAGAAUGUGAGUGUGACCCCUACGGCUCAAUGCCUGUCCCCUGCGAUGCUGUCACAGGGCUCUGCACGUGCCGCCCUGGAGCCACGGGGCCGAAGUGUGAUGGCUGCGAGCACUGGCAUGCACGAGAGGGCGCGGAGUGUGUUUUUUGCGGAGAUGAGUGCACGGGCCUCCUGCUCGGUGACUUGGCCCGCCUGGAGCAGAUGGCCACAAGCAUCAACCUUACCGGCCCGCUGCCAGCUCCGUAUAAGACGCUGUAUGGCCUUGAAAAUGUGACACAGGAACUAAAGCACUUGCUCUCACCUCAGCGGGCCCCAGAGAGGCUCAUUCAGUUGGCAGAGGGCAAUCUGAACACGCUCGUGACAGAAAUGAAUGAGCUUCUGACCAGGGCUACCAAAGUGACAGCAGAUGGCGAGCAAACUGGACAGGAUGCUGAGAGGACCAACACGAGAGCAAACUCCUUAGGAGAAUUCACUAAGGAACUUGUCCGGGAUGCAGAAGCUGUAAAUGAAAAAGCUAUAAAACUAAAUGAAACUCUAGGAAUUCAAGACAAGGCCUUUGAGAAAAAUUUGCAAGAGCUUCAGAAAGAAAUUGAUCAGAUGAUGAGCGAACUGAGGAGGAAAAAUCUAGACACACAGAAAGAAGUUGCUGAAGAUGAGUUGGUGGCUGCGGAAGGUCUGCUGAAGAAAGUUCAGAGGCUAUUUGGAGAGUCCCGAGGGAAAAAUGAAGAAAUGGAACAGGAUCUCCGGGAGAAACUGACAGACUACAGAAACAAGCUUGAUGAUGCUUCGGACCUGUUGAGAGAAGCCACGGAUAAAAUCAGAGAAGCUAAUCGCUUAUCUGCAGCAAACCAGAAAAACAUGACUGCUCUGGACGAAAAGAAAGAGGCUAUUGAAAGUGGCAGACGACAAACUGAGAACACUGUAAAGGAAGGCAGGGACUUACUGGAUGAGGCCAGCCGUCUUGCAGAUGAAAUCAACUCAGUCAUAGAUUAUGUGAAAGACAUUCAAACUAAAUUACCACCCAUGUCUGAGGAGCUGAAAGGCAAAAUAGAUGACCUCUCCCAAGAAAUGAAAGACAGGAAGCUUGCUGAGAAGGUGUCCCAGGCCGAGAGCCACGCCGCUCAGUUGAAUGACUCAUCUGCUGUCCUAGAUGGAAUCCUUGAUGAGGCUAAAAACAUCUCCUUCAAUGCCACAGCAGCCUUCAAAGCUUACACCAAUAUUAAGGACUAUAUUGAUGAAGCUGAGAAAAUUGCCAAAGAAGCCAAAGGUCUUGCACAAGAAGCUACACAACUGGCAACAGGUCCUCAGGGUUCAUUAAAGGAAGGUGCCAAAGGUUCUCUUCAGAAAAGCUUUGGGAUUCUUAACGAAGCCAAGAAAUUAGCAAAUAAUGUAAAAGUAAGUGAUGACCAUUUGAAUGGCUUGAAAGCCAGAAUAGAAAAUGCCGAUGUUAGAAAUGGAGAUCUCCUGAGAGCUCUGAAUGACACUUUGGGAAAAUUAUCAGCUAUUCCAAAUGACACAGUCGCUAAGCUGCAAGCUGUUAAGGACAAAGCAAGACAAGCCAAUGACACGGCGAAAGAUGUACUGGCACAGAUUAAAGAUCUCCACCAGAACCUUGAUGGCCUGAAGAAAAAUUACAAUCAACUAGCAGACAGCGUAGCCAAAACAAAUGCUCUGGUGAAAGAUCCUUCAAAAAACAAAAUCAUUGCAGAUGCAGAUGCCACUGUGAAAAAUCUGGAACGAGAAGCUGAUCGACUGACCGAUAAACUCAAACCUAUCAAGGAGCUUGAGGAUAACCUGAAGAAAAACAUCUCUGAGAUAAAGGAACUGAUAAACCAAGCCCGGAAACAAGCCAAUUCUAUCAAAGUAUCUGUGUCUUCGGGAGGUGAUUGCAUUCGAACAUACAAGCCAGAAAUCAAGAAAGGAAGCUACAAUAAUAUCAUUGUCAACGUAAAGACACCUGUUGCUGACAACCUCCUUUUUUAUCUUGGAAGUGCCAAAUUUAUUGACUUUUUGGCCAUAGAAAUGCGUAAAGGCAAAGUAAGCUUCCUCUGGGAUGUUGGAUCUGGAGUUGGACGUGUAGAGUAUCCCGAUUUGACUAUUGAUGACUCAUAUUGGUACCGUAUUGAGGCAUCAAGAACUGGGAGAAAUGGAACCAUUUCUGUGAGGGCCCUGGAUGGACCCAAAGCCAGCAUUAUGCCCCAUACCUACCAUUCAGUGUCUCCUCCAGGGUAUACGAUUCUAGAUGUGGAUGCAAAUGCAAUGCUCUUCGUUGGUGGCUUGACGGGGAAAUUGAAGAAGGCUGAUGCUGUGCGUGUGAUUACAUUCACUGGCUGUAUGGGAGAAACAUUCUUUGACAGCAAACCUAUAGGGUUGUGGAAUUUCCGAGAAAUAGAAGGUGACUGCAAAGGAUGUACUGUCAGUCCUCAGGUGGAAGAUAGUGAGGGGACAAUUCAGUUUGAUGGAGAAGGCUAUGCGAUGGUCAGCCGCCCCAUUCGCUGGUACCCCAACAUCUCCACAGUCAUGUUCAAGUUCAGGACAUUUUCUUCAAGUGCUCUCCUGAUGUACCUUGCCACAAAAGACCUGAAAGAUUUCAUGAGUGUAGAGCUCACUGAUGGGCACAUAAAAGUCAGCUAUGAUCUGGGUUCAGGAAUGGCUUCCGUUGUCAGCAAUCAAAACCAUAAUGAUGGGAAAUGGAAAUCAUUCACCCUCUCAAGAAUUCAAAAACAAGCCAACAUAUCAAUUAUAGAUAUAGACACUAACCAGGAGGAGAACAUAGCAACUUCAUCUCCUGGAAACAAUUUUGGUCUUGACUUGAAAGCAGAUGACAAAAUAUAUUUUGGUGGUCUGCCAACACUGAGAAACUUGAGUAUGAAAGCAAGGCCAGAAGUAAAUCUGAAGAAAUAUUCUGGCUGCCUCAAAGAUAUUGAAAUUUCAAGAACACCAUAUAAUAUACUCAGUAGCCCUGAUUACGUUGGUGUUACCAAAGGAUGUUCACUGGAGAAUGUUUACACAGUUAGCUUCCCCAAGCCUGGCUUUGUGGAGCUGGCCCCUGUACCAAUUGAUGUAGGAACAGAAAUCAACCUGUCUUUCAGCACUAAGAAUGAGUCUGGGAUCAUUCUCUUGGGAAGUGGAGGGACACCAGUGCCACCUCGGAGAAAACGAAGACAAACUGGACAGGCCUAUUAUGCGAUAUUCCUGAACAAGGGUCGUCUGGAAGUGCAUCUCUCCACAGGCACACGAACAAUGAGGAAAAUUGUCAUCAAACCAGAGCCCAGUCUGUUUCACGACGGGAGAGAACACUCCGUUCAUGUGGAGAGAACUAGAGGCAUCUUUACUGUUCAAGUUGAUGAAGACAGAAGGCAUAUGCAAAACUUGACAAUAGAACAAGCGAUUGAAGUGAAAAAGCUUUUUGUUGGCGGUGCACCACCUGAGUUUCAACCUUCCCCACUCAGAAAUAUUCCUCCUUUUGAAGGCUGUGUAUGGAACCUUGUAAUUAACUCUGUCCCCAUGGACUUUGCACGGCCUGUAUCCUUCAAAAAUGCAGACAUUGGUCGUUGUGCUCAUCAGAAACCCCGUGAGGAUGGAGAUGGAGAAGUUCCAGCUGAAAUAGUUGGAACCCCAGCCUUCCCAAUGCCCACCCCAGCUGUGGCACAUGGUCUUUGUGCUGCAGAAUCAGAACCAGCUCUUUUGAUAGGGAGCAAGCAGUUUGGGCUCUCGAGAAACAGUCACAUUGCCAUUGCAUUUGAUGACACCAAAGUGAAAAACCACCUCACGAUUGAAUUUGAAGUACGAACGGAAGCUGAAUCAGGCUUGCUCUUCUACAUGGCUCGGAUCAAUCAUGCCGACUUUGCUACGGUUCAGCUGAGAAACGGAUUUCCCUACUUCAGUUACGACUUAGGAAGUGGUGACACCAACACCAUGAUCCCCACGAAAAUCAAUGAUGGCCAGUGGCACAAGAUUAAGAUUACACGAACUAAGCAAGAAGGAAUUCUCUAUGUAGAUGGUGCCUCCAACAGAACCGUCAGUCCCAAAAAAGCCGACAUCCUGGAUGUUGUAGGAAUGUUGUAUGUUGGUGGGCUACCCAUCAACUACACUACCCGAAGAAUCGGUCCAGUGACCUACAGCAUUGAUGGCUGCAUUAGGAACCUUCAGAUGGCAGAGGCCCCUGCUGAUCUUGAACAGCCAACCUCCAGCUUCCAUGUUGGGACAUGUUUUGCAAAUGCUCAGAAAGGAACAUAUUUUGAUGGAACAGGUUUUGCCAAAACAGUUGAUGGGUUCAAAGUGGGAUUGGACCUUCUUGUAGAAUUUGAAUUCCGCACAACGAGAACCACUGGAGUUCUCCUGGGAAUCAGCAGCCAAAAAAUGGAUGGAAUGGGUAUUGAAAUGAUUGGUGAAAAGAUUAUGUUUCAUGUGGACAAUGGCGCUGGCCGAUUCACUGCUGUCUAUGAUGCUGGGAUCCCAGGGUAUCUGUGUGACGGACAAUGGCACAAAGUCACAGCCAACAAGAUCAAACACCGCAUUGAGCUGACAGUAGAUGGGAACCAGGUGGAAGCCCAGAGCCCAAACCCCGCAUCUACAUCAGCUGAUACAAAUGACCCUGUGUUUGUUGGCGGUUUCCCAGAGGGCCUUAACCAGUUCGGCCUGACAACCAAUGUUCGGUUCAGAGGUUGCAUCCGGUCCCUCAGGCUCACCAAAGGCACGGGCAAGCCACUGGAAGUUAAUUUUGCUAAAGCCCUGGAACUCAGGGGUGUUCAACCUGUAUCAUGCCCAGCUAAAUAAUAAAAAUAAGUUUAACCCCAGAAGGGUUCUUCAAAACAAGUGUAUCAAGUAAAACAAAUAUAUUUUACCUGUGUAUGUUAUUAAAACUAAUUUGUGCAUGUAUAUUGAAUUAUUUCUGUAUUCAGAUGGUGCUAAUUCAGAUCCCAGACUGAAUUUUAAUUCCAGUUCUUUCUCAAGUCCAUUAAUAUUAAACCACCUAUUUCAUUCUACAUUAUUGCUUGUUUUGUGUGAUUUUAAGGAUAAAAGGCAACUGACCAUAAAUUGCUGAAUUUACAACAUGCCUUAGAGUCAUCUCAAGAAAAGUUCAGAUGUAAUUUGUAAAGGCAACAGUUUUGUUUUGUUUUGUUUUGUUUGUUUGUUUGUUUGUUUUUACUAACUCUUAUUAAUACUUUUAUCAUCCUUUUCAUGCUUGUCAGCUUUGGCUUUCUGUCCAGACCACUGAAAACAACUGUGGCUUUGGCACAUUUGAUCGGAAGGAAAUGAGCUCCCAUACUCCCUAUGUUUGUGAAAACAUUAGCAAAUCAUUUCUCUGAUCCAGGUUCAUUAAAAGAGAGUUCAACUAUCUGUAUGAGUGAAUACUUUUCUAGGCUGAAGGUAGAAAAUAUAGAUCAGAUUCAGGCCAGAGAGCUUAAUUACUUGAUUUUCUUGUUUGAGAAUGAUUUAUAGGCUUUGGGUAGAUACCAGAACCAAGCUCCAGAGUGACAAAUAAGCACACAUUUUAUAUAACAGUAUUGAGGCUUUGGGCUCUAAGUUUUUGGUGAAUAAGACAAUCUACACUAAGUGGAGAGAAAUAGUACUAAAAUUAACUGUUUACUUACCAAAAGUCAAUAAACCAGUAACUUAAAAGGCAUAGAUCAUUGAAUCUUUUUAAUUGCAGUUCAGUACAAAGAAAGUGGUUUAGUACGACCUAAAAAAUUCAUUCCCUACCAAAUUUUGUGUUUUGUGCUCAUUUUACCCAAUAUUUCAAUAAUCUUCAAAGGGGUCUGUGAGAAGAAUGGCCCCAAUGAUAUUCAUUAUGUUAAGGAGAAAACAUUUCAUCUGCCAUCUUCAGUAGAAAUAGUUGUAGUCUAGUAACCUAGAACAUUUAAAAGAACAACUUCCGUCACAAUGGUAAUUUUAACCAAAGAAGUAUAAUCCUCAGGGGGAAGAA